UUCCCCUUCUCCCCGCGACCGUCCACAAAGGCGGAUUUGCAAAAUUCCUCCGAGCUACUUUAUUGAACUCCGGGCGGACUGCAGGAACCAAACAUGCGCACUGAAGUUUGGGCACAGCCCGCGCUCGUGCCGCUGAUUCUGAUUCUGCUCUCUAGUGCGGAGGACGCGUUGUUACAGACUGUGAGCCAGGCGGCCGGCGUGUGCCGACUGUCCGCCGAGUCGUCGCUGCGUCGGUGCCGGACGCCCGACGGCAACAUCUGCAGCGGGAGGGGCAAGUGCGACUGCGGCGUGUGCGCGUGCCAGGCGUCGGAUCCAGGAAAAUUCUAUGGGCCGCGCUGCCAGUGCCAUGACUGGGUCUGUGCCACACACAAUGAAAAAAUUUGUAAUGAUCACGGCUACUGCGACUGCGGGAGGUGCGAGUGCGACGACGGCUGGUCCGGGGAGGCCUGCCAGUUCCGAGAGGACUGCGACCUUUCGGCGAAGAGGAGCAGGGAGCAGUGCAGGAACCCGCAGGGGGUGGUGUGCUCCAACAGAGGGACUUGCCAUUGCGGGAGCUGCUUGUGCAACAAGGAGGGCAACGAGGGCCUGGUGACGGGUCGCUUCUGCGAGUGCGACGACAGCGAGUGCCUGGACGAGGACACCGGGGACGUCUGCGGAGGCCACGGCCAGUGUUACUGUGGCAACUGUUACUGUGCUGCCGGUUGGCAUGGCGACAAAUGUGAAUUCCAGUGCGACGUCAGCCCUUGGGAGAGCAAGCGCAGAUGCUCGUCGCCAGACGGCAAAGUCUGCAGCAACCGAGGCACAUGCGUGUGCGGGGAGUGCAGCUGCUACGACGUGGACCCCUCCGGCGACUGGGGCGACAUCCACGGCGACACCUGCGAGUGCGACGAGAGGAACUGCCACGCCACCUACGACCGAUACACUGACGACUUCUGCUCGGGUCACGGCCAGUGCCACUGCGGCAGGUGCCACUGCAAGGACGGCUGGGCCGGAAAGAAAUGCGAGCAUCCGCUCUCCUGCUCCGUGUCUCUGGAGAGCAGCCUGAAGAAGUGCCGGGGAACGUCCAACCUGCCCUGUUUCGGUCGAGGUCAGUGCCAGUGCGGCCAAUGUACUUGUCACCCGCCUGGGGACAGUCGAGUUCACGGCAAGAACUGCGAGUGCGACGACCGCCAGUGUGAGGACCUCUCCGGGGAAGUGUGCGGAGGUCACGGUUACUGCUCGUGCGGGCGCUGCAUCUGCCAGGACGGUUGGUUCGGAAAGCUGUGCCGCUUCCCCAGGUCGUGCGACUUGAGCGACGCCCAGAGCAAGGAGCAGUGCGAGACCGCCGACGGAGUCCUCUGCAGCGGCAAAGGCUCCUGCCACUGCGGCCAGUGCAUCUGCUCCAGCAAAGACUGGUGGGUUUCCGGAGAGUUCUGCGAGUGCGACGACAGAGAGUGUGACAAACACGAUGACCUCGUCUGCACAGGGAACGGACUGUGCAACUGCGGCACCUGCGAGUGCUGGGACGGCUGGACCGGGAACGCUUGCGAAAUCUGGGUCGGGGCCGACUACUGACGCUGCCACGGCCGCCGCGACGAAGUAAAGCUUGCAGAAGAAGGGAUUGGACUUGGGUUCUUACAUUUUGCAUUGUACCGCUUGCAAGCUUUUGUUUGUCAAAUUGGGCGUACCCCAAACUUCUGAUACCUAACAAAAACUAUGCUUUUUAAUGAGGUACAUAGAACCGCUUAUAUACAAAAUUGGAUGCGAGUCCACAAAUGAAAAUGAACGAGGAAACGAGGCAGACGGUUUUUUUUUAUUUCUUUUUUGUAAAAUAAUAAAACAUUACAUGUGCCGCAUGACACGACACGUUUGCAUGGAAAACAAUGCAAAUAGGACCUUAAACAUACAUACAUGGUUACAAAUGUGGUUCAUAACAUGACAUAACUCCAAAUGGGCAUACUUGCAAUGGUAUAUAGUGUUAUAUAUUUGUUUUUAAAAAAUAAAUCAUUUCAAUCGUG